CUCAUGAGCAUGACUGAUUGUGAUGACUCUGUCAGUAGUCAGUAUACUGGCUCUUGGUAUUGGCUGUCACUGUCAGUCCUGUCACUCUGAAUGUCUGAAAUAAGUGACAAGCUCUGUAGUUUAACGUAUGGCAACAAAGCCUUUGUUGAUGAAGUUACGAACACCUGAAAACGUAACGUCUGGGACGAAGACCUUUAUAGUCCGUCAUGAGCCUUAGGUGCUUGUUCGUGGUUUCUAUAACGGAAUCAAAGCUUCUUUUCUACAGAAUAUUCCCGACUGUCGAAAAACGUUGGAAAAAUGAACACCCAAACUUCGCCAACCUAUGCCUUCCCAAUGACCAAGAAUUAUUGGAUCCAUUAUUAAACGAACUUGGAAUCCUGAAUCCCAACAUAUUUCAGAUCACCAGGGACUCUUGUCAGAAAAAGCUUCAGGCACCUCUUUUUUGGAUUCCAUUUAGUUUUAACCCCCAAAUCUUUUGGCCAGUUAUAGUUGUUGAGUGCCACCAAAAUCGCUUAUUAUGUGGUGUUCCAUAUUUGGAUCAAAAUCUUCAACCAUCUGGAAAUCAACAAUCAAUGUGUGUUGCAAGGUCAUGUGAUGUUGUAAUAGUUUUGGAAUUGCUUUCCAAGCUUGUUCAUCUCAUUCAGCUCCCACCCAGUAAAAUGGCUGACCAACUAAAUAGAACCAUCCAACAAUGGCUUCCUUUUGGGAGGGCCAGCGGUUACCAACAGCUAGAACUGCGAAGCCUUCCUCCGGCCUCACAAAAAACGAUGUGGCUAAGGUCGAGGCCGAAAAUUGAACUGCAAAUAAAAGAAGAAGUUCGAAUGAUAGCGUCAAAUCUAUCAGUUAAAGCAGACGCGUAUGGAACUAUUUACCUGACGGUAGAUCCAGAUGCCGAGUGCAAUAAUAACAUCAAACUAGAAUUGGGCUUUAGCAAGCUGCCUGGAAUACCAUCAGCGCUCUUUCAUCCAAGUGCUCUUGCCCAGUGGGAAAAAGCUGUUUGUCACAUAAACAUCCAGCAACUUCAAGAGAAAACCUUUCCUCUUUGCCAUUAUAGCUUUCCGUUAGAAAUGCCACCUAUUCAACCUGUGCUGAAAAUCCGAAUAGGGGAGCUAGGUAAAGUUUCUAUUUUCAUUCAGCUACACCUUGGUGCCACCACGAGAAAUACGCUGAAUCGGUUGGAGGUCCGUUUACCUAUGCCAACCGGUAAUCGUAUUGCUCGAAUCCUAACGGCUACCAGCCUUGGCUUGGUAUCAUUGAUUAAAGAUGGUACUCAGCUUUUAUGGAAUCUUGGUGCUUUCGCCUCAUCUUCGUCAAAUGCAAAGUUGAAGGACGACUUGACCUUAAAUGUCGACGUCGUUAUGGAGAAACUUGAAGCGUCGCUUGUGAAUACCCAUGCUCUUAUAAUGUUCACGUCAGUAGUCUCCGUCUCAGGAGCACAUCUAUCUUUGCUACAACCAACGGAAUUCAAAUUAGUAUCAACAUCAGAGCUGAAGAGCUCCACCUACCGCGUAUGGAAUCAAGACGCAGAAGAAAUCGUUUAAAAUUUUUAAUCAGUUCAUCUGGGCCCCCUUGUCCUCCUCAUGCAAGGUAAUUUUUUGUAUUUCUUUACGGUUGGUCGAUAAUAAUAAUAGUAAUAGCAUUAUUGGUAUUUAUUCUCUGCCUUUCAUAUUGCUGUGGUAUAAUGUUAUAUACCAACAUCAAAUGUUGUAUUAUGGUUAAGGUUCUUGCUUAGAAAAUGACGCUUAUGGCAUUGCUCAUCAAAUUUUGUCUACAAUAAUAAAGUGAGAGUCAUUUAUUAUAGUUAUGACCACAGAGCAACACAUUCAAAGAUAUGCCCUACUUCAGCAUGAGUUGGUGGUUGUUUUUCAUCUAACCACAAUCAUUAUAACGAACAAAACAGGUAUCAAUUGAAAAUUUACUGGAAUCCUUUCAUUCCUGUUCCAAUUCUUCGAUAUGGCUUCCAAUAUGAAAUUAUAUAUUCAACACUUAAAUGAGCAAGCAGUAAGUUGCUUAAACACUUGUAUCCAGGCGUGGUCUCUUCUUUGCUGAGCCUCCUUCUUCAACUUCAUUGGCACUUUCUCGUUUCUUAUUCUGAAACAUUAUAAGAUACAGAGGUUUAAUACAUCAAAUUAUCCUGA